GGUGGUCGGGAGGUUCCCGUGCGGCGCUCGGCUCUCCCGCGAGCGCGGGCGUCGGAAGCGGCGGAGGUGGCAGUGUCUGCCCUGGGAUGGCCUUCCCUGCACGCGCGCGUUUGUAUCUAAAUCGCAGGGGACCGUCUCUUCCUCAGCUUGCCGGCGCGAGGAGCCGGAGCCUCAAAACACCAUGCACCCCAGCUCUAAAGAAGGAAGACUUUCAAGCCCCCUUGUCAGCGGAGCUAUAAGGUGAACUGCAGGAAGAUCCCAGCCCUAUACACGUGGGGCAGAGCCAGCAGAGGCCAGAGCUGUUGCUCUGUGCAGACCACGAGAGGAUGUCUCCCAGCCUUCAGGAAGGCGCUCAGCUCGGGGAAAGCAAACCCUCAACUUGCUCCUUUUCAAUUGAGAGAAUCUUAGGACUGGACCAGAAGAAAGACUGUGUUCCAUUAAUGAAACCCCACAGGCCCUGGGCAGACACCUGCAGCUCCUCAGGGAAAGAUGGUAACUUAUAUCUACAUGUCCCAAAUCCUCCCAGUGGGAUUUCAUUCCCUAGCAUGGUGGAUCACCCAAUGCCAGAAGAAAGAGCUUCGAAAUAUGAAAAUUACUUUUCAGCCUCAGAAAGACUGUCUUUGAAAAGAGAGUUGAGUUGGUAUAGAGGCCGAAGACCAAGAACUGCUUUUACUCAAAACCAGAUUGAAGUGUUAGAAAAUGUCUUUAGAGUAAACUGCUAUCCUGGUAUCGAUAUUAGAGAAGACUUAGCUCAAAAAUUGAAUCUAGAGGAAGACAGAAUCCAGAUUUGGUUUCAAAAUCGGCGUGCAAAACUGAAAAGGUCCCAUAGAGAAUCACAGUUUCUAAUGGCGAAAAAAAAUUUCAACACAAAUCUGCUGGAAUAGAUAGAAAACUAAACAAGUGAAAUUAUCUUCUAAUUGCAGAGCAUGAAGAAUCAGUGGAAAUAUUAAGUGUUAAAAUGUGAUGUUUUCUUUCCUGCAUUUAAUCUGAAUAUUGUCAUUUUUUCUGAAAAUAUAUUGUAAAUAAUUACUAUUAUAGCAUGGUACAUAUUUGGGCACUUUUAGUUAUAGUAAAGACCUUUUCUAUAUAUUUUAAUAAACAUUUUCAGAAAAGAUUGCUAUUUUUUAAGCCAAAUUAAUCUAAUAAAUUAGUUUGUUAAAAUCAAUAGACUCAUGACUAAGUGAUUCCACAAGCUGGAUUCUAAUUAUAAAGUAUUUCAAGUAAAAUAAUCUGAAGAACAAAA